UGCCUGACUGCGGCGCCCUAUUUCCUUUCCUCGCUGUAAGUGCGAGGGCUCCGGCAGAAAUCGAGUCAUCAACCAUCACAAACUUUAGUCACAAACAGCGUUUAACUUUCAUUUGUAGGCGAGCAACACACCAGCGGUUCAUAAGUUAGGCCAGGGUGUUGUUUCUGAAGCGCCUCGGCGUGUUUUAGGCGUUUGUUUGAGGCGUAAACAGUGUAAAAGAGGAGUUGUGGGUGGGUUUGACGGUUAUGGCAGCACCGCGACCCAUUAAAGGGAUUCUGAAGAACAAAUCCAGUAUCAAAGCCCGACCAGAAGAGCCAGUCCAGGACACCCCAGAACCAGGAGACCCUAUCAACUCUGAAGACGACCAACAGAAGAAAUCACAGAAAUGGGAUGAAAUGAACAUUUUGGCCACAUAUCACCCGGCAGAUAAGGACUAUGGGCUGAUGAAGAUAGACGAGCCCAGCACGCCAUACCACAGGAUGGUCGGCGAUGACGAGGAUGAGGGGGCGCUCAGCGAUUCGGAGGGGAACACAGUCCUACCCGGAGAUGACCUUGCUAAGAAGCUGGUGGCAGCGGCGGAAGGCGCAGGAUCUCGCUUCAUGGAGGAGCCGGAGGAGGAGAGCAGUGAGGAAGAGGAGGAGGAGUUGAGUCCGGAGGAGCAAGCCAGAAAGCAGCAGUUUCAGAUGAUGAGGAAGAUGCAUUAUAAUGAAGGUAUGAACAUUAAACUAGCUCGACAACUCAUCGCCAGUGAGCUGGAAGAGGAGGAAGACGAGGACGAAGAGAUGAAGGAUGACACAGAGACCGAGGACAUCACCGUCGACCCCCCACAAGAUGCAGAUUGCUUGGAUUCAUAAGGAUGUCAAGAUUUGUCCAUCAGCUCCUGCCUUGUCCCAUGAACGUCUUGAAGACUGUUCAGCUCCGGGAUUACCCUCCACCCCGUGUUUCCCACCGACACCGCAAUGCCACGCAUAUCAUCCAGCUCCCUCAUUUGCCAAAGGUUCACUGUCAUACCGCUAGAAACGAGACUCCAGACCUGGACUCCACCCUCUUCCUGUGGCGAGAGCGUGGGAGGCCACUGACCAGCGACUUCCACACUGAAGCGUACGUUCUCUCUGAUUCCCCACUCGCCGCUAUUGGUUUAAUGCGAUCUGAACAGCAUGCUCUGGUAAAGGGGCGCAGAUGUGGUCUUGGGCUUUGACACACACCGCUCACAUGAGCUCUACUGUAUGCAUGGCUUCUGAAAACCAUGUUUAAUUACACUGGCACUAAUAAUAUAUAACAGGUGAGUAUUACAGAACUAGAUAGAAAACUACUGAUCAGUAGACUGAACCCUUUGGUUGUCUCUGUUGCUUUUCCGAAACUGCUAAAGCUUUAAUAGAUGCUGAAGAGUUCUGGCGGUUUUUGAUCUGGCAUCCUUACUGAGCUUUGUUUGUUUUGAUUGCCUUUUUUUUUUUUGUAAACGCCAUUAUAAUGGGGUUAUUUGUUUCUAUGAUUUCUGAAGAAUAUAAUUAUCCUGUAGUACCAAAUCAAAG